AUGUUGGAUAAUGUGAGCUUUUUGGGUUAUUUUUGCCCUGUUUUUGGAAUAUUUUUGAAAUUUGGGAUUUGAAACAAAAGAUAAAUAGGCCGCCAUUGCUAGAUAAUGAGUUUUUUUUUACUUUAGAACAGAAGUUCACAGUAUUGUGCGCCGCUCACAUCAGCUGAUUGGAAUGAAGUAGAUCCGAAUCUAAUUGCCACUUCUUCCAUUGACACUACCUGCACAAUUUGGGAAAUUGAGGUAAUUUUUUUGGAUUUUUAGCUGGCUUUAACAUUAUUUUUUUUUAUUGAAAAGUUAGCCUUAUAUUUGUAUGACAUAGACCGGAAAGGGUGCCUACUAGACCCGGUCUUCUAUAAAUUUAUGUAAGGAGCCGGUACGGCAGACAUGGCCCUGAAAAACGGGGCUUAAACCAAGGCCCGACCUCUUUACAGGUCUAUAAAACUUUAAUUAUGUAUGGCAACAAAAUUUUUUACUCAGUUGUGUUAUUGCAGACAGGAAAACCGAUUGCCGAACGAAAACCGACCAAAGGAACGGUGAAAACGCAACUAAUCGCCCAUGAUCGCGAGGUGUUUGACAUAGCCUUCUCGAAGAUCAAUAGUGGAAAAGAUGUGUUCGGCUCGGUUGGCGCUGAUGGAUCAGUACGAAUGUUUGAUAUCCGCCACAUGGAAUACUCGAUGAUUGUGUUCGAAGAACCGAACAGGAAACCCUUGUUGAGAUUGGCAUUCAAUCAACACGAUCACAACUAUUUGGCAACUUUCGCUCAGGAUUCACCGGAGGUAAGAUUUGGAGAUUGACCUGGUUAGACUUUAUAGGGGAGGGGGAGCAAGUUUUAAGGGGAAAAUGAUCAAAUUAAGGUCCCCGGGGCCAUCAACGUUUCUUGUUUUUUAAAAACUACUGAUGGUUAACAAACUUUACACUAUUAAAACAAGGUUUAAAACAACGUUUUCAGGUCUACAUUAUUGAUAUCAGAAUCCCGUCGAUUCCCGUAGCGACGCUGAAAAACCAUAACGGUCCAGUGAACGCUAUCAGCUGGGCCCCACAUUCAUCUUGUCAUAUCUGCACGGUCGCCGAAGAUAAACAGGCAUUGAUCUGGGACGUUCACAACAUGCCUCGGCCCGUGGAAGAUCCCAUUCUUGCUUAUACGGCUCAAGGACAGGUAAGGAUUGGUUUUGAAAGGAAGUAAUACUUCUCCGGGAAUAGUUCACCCCAUGGGAUAGGUAGUCACCCACAAUAUUAAUACAAGAAUAAAGUAAUUAUUGUCGUACCCCUGCACCUUAGCUUUACACUACUUGGGCAGGCACUUAGUUUUCAAAAAAACCUGCCCAGUUCUUAUAGCUAUCGAUUUUUUGUGUAUAAUACCAUGAAUAAUAUCCGAAUUUACAGAUAAACCAGGUCGAAUGGUCCUCGUCGAUGACCGACUGGAUCUCCAUCAGCUACGGCAAGAAUCUGGAGCUUCUGAGAGUGUAA